AUGGCUUCUAGAAAGGUUUCAUAUCUCGAGUUAGAGUUAACGGACGUUGAUAAAUUUAGUAGAAUUGUCUGUAGCCCACCAUUUGCGAAGGAAACUUUGAAUGAUCGAUAUCGGUAUUGGCAACUGGUGAUUAGGCCGAAAGAAUCGGAGUGUACCAUUUAUAUCGAAGCACUAGAUGGUGCGGAAGACCCAGACAUUGUAGACAGCUUCAUAAAACUUCGUCGCUUUUUUCGUAUAACUGUCAAAGACCUGGAUGGAAACGAUAUUGCGCCUGAACGAAAUGUAAAUGCCCUCGUCAAGAUAUUCAGCAGGUCGUCUCUCUGCGGCAUCGUAGUGGUUGGGAUUGAAAUGGUCUCGACCAAAUUUGACCCCAGGGUCGAUAAGGUCAACCUGAUGAACAUGAUGAAAUAUAUCGAGCCUCUCUCUAAAGAUUACACGAUUACUGAGGAAUUAUCGGAUCAAAUUGAUGUAGUAUUAGGACCAGCAUUGGACGUUAAAUUCAAGGUUCAGAAUCAUCCUCUUUUUGCGAGUAGCAAAAUCCUCUCAAAACUCUCACCGUAUUUGAUAGACAGUUUUGAAAAACAAGACCAGGGCAGUCGAUCGGGUCUUACUGACGAAAAAGGUCGGGAAUCAAAAGGACCGUUUCGUCACAUCUACCAAGAAAUUGACAUAGACGAAAGGUUUAGUUAUAAUUCAAUUUUAUGUAUGGUUCAAAUUGCCUACACUGGUAAUAUUACGACCAGUGUUCGACCGGAACAUAUGGAGGAAAUACUCCUUUUAUCAAAUCAAUUUCAAAUUCCGGCGCUUGAAGCUCCCUUGUUUAGAAUGUUGGAUGAUGUGAAUAUUUACAAUGCGGCGGAAUUGUACUUUGGCUAUUCUUGGAUGUUACCGAAGAUGAAGAAUAAAUUGAAGAGAUACAUAAUUGGUAAUUUCAGUCAAAUAAUAAAGACGGAUGCGUACAACAACCUACUGAAGAAUCAUAAAAGAUAUCCGAUGUUUUUGGAAAUGUACGAGGAGAUCUUGAUUAAUUUAUGUUCAUCCGGAUGA